GAACAAAAGAAAAUGAAUACCAAAGAAUAGCAGUGGAUUAAAAACGAUCGGAAAAGCAUUUUGCUUGGCCACUGUCUCACGUCCCAUCAUUGGAUUCUUACAACAUGCUUCAGUGGAGAAGACGACACUGCUGCUUUGCAAAGAUGACCUGGAAUACCAAAAGGUCUCUGUUUCGCACCCAUCUCAUUGGCCUCAUCUCUCUUGUGUUUCUUUUUGCUAUGUUUCUGUUCUUUAAUCAUCAUGACUGGCUGCCAGGUAGGGCUGGAUUCAAAGAAAAUCCCAUGGCUUACACUAUACGAGGAUUUAGGUCUACAAAAAGCGAGACAAACCACAGCUCUCUAAGGAACGUGUGGAAAGACACGGUGCCUCAGACGUUCAGGCCUCAAACAGUCACCAACUCCAACAACACGGAUCUGUCACCCCAAGGAGUAACUGGUUUGGAAAAUACCCUCAGUGCCAAUGGAAGUAUUUACAAUGAAAAAGGUACUGGGCAUCCAACUUUGUAUCAUUUCAAAUACAUCAUCAACGAGCCUGGGAAGUGCCAGGAGAAGACCCCUUUUCUAAUACUACUCAUAGCUGCAGAGCCAGGCCAGGUGGAAGCCAGACAAGCUAUUCGACAAACUUGGGGAAACGAAAGCCUGACACCUGGCAUCCAAAUAGUUCGUAUUUUUUUGCUGGGGUUAAGCAUUAAGAUAAAUGGGUACCUCCAACAUGCCAUACUAGAGGAAAGCAGACAAUACCAUGACAUCAUUCAACAAGAAUACUUAGACACUUACUAUAAUUUAACCAUUAAAACUCUGAUGGGAAUGAACUGGGUUGCAUCUUACUGUCCACAUGUUCCAUAUGUUAUGAAAACUGACAGUGAUAUGUUUGUCAAUACUGAGUAUUUAAUACACAAGCUUCUGAAACCAGAUCUUCCUCCAAGGCACAAGUAUUUUACAGGUUAUUUAAUGAGAGGUUAUGCACCUAAUAGGAACAAGGAUAGUAAGUGGUAUAUGCCACCCGAUUUGUAUCCAAGCGAACGUUACCCUGUAUUUUGCUCUGGAACUGGCUAUGUCUUUUCUGGAGAUUUAGCAGAAAAAAUCUUUAAGGUCUCUCUAAGCAUCAGACGUUUACAUCUAGAGGAUGUGUAUGUGGGGAUCUGCCUUGCCAAGCUGCGAAUUGACCCUAUGCCUCCACCCAAUGAGUUUGUCUUCAAUCACUGGCGAGUUUCUUACUCCAGCUGUAAAUAUAGCCACCUAAUUACCUCCCAUCAGUUCCAACCUAGUGAACUGAUCAAAUACUGGAACCACUUACAGCAAAAUAAGCACAAUGCCUGUGCCAACGCAGCGAAAGAAAAAGCGGGCAGGUAUCGCCAUCGGAAACUGCACUAGAAGGACAGUUCUCCCUCUGUCAGACCUACUCCAUGUGCAAUUUGUAAAUACUGCAGAACGCAUGUACAGUGAAAAUGGAUGAGCUUAAUGGGACAGCCUUUAGUUGACACCCCUCCCCAUCACAUAGUGGAGUCUGAAAAUUAUUUUUUUAAGUUGAAAAAAACAGUUCUUGGUAACACUAAUAUGACGAAACCAUAACCAAAAGGUUUUCCCAUCAAACUUGAGGAAAAAAAAGGCAAUGGUAUAUAAGGAUUUUUGUGUCAAUGUGCAAUAAUAAGCAUGCACACUUUGAUGGUACGAUUGCUGAUUUAUGUGCCAAUAAAAUAUAACUGAGCAUUUUUUCCACACUAAAAUCUUGUUUAAAAAUGCAUUCAUAGCUCUAGUUCUCUUCAAAGUAAUGAUUUCUUGUUAUCUAAAAUUUCUAUAGAGUGAAAAAUGAAAAACUAUGGAAAUGCACCAAGAGCAGAUCAGUUUUACCUUCAAAUACCACAUUAAAAUCAUCACACGCUUCCUAAUGUACAAUACAUUUGCAGUGUCACGUUUAUGAUUUAGUAAGACACUACCCAUGAACUCUAAAACACUAAGAAAGUACUACCCUUAAGUAGGUCCAGCUUGGGACUUACUUACUGGUUGCUUAUUCCUGUUAGGAAAGAGGGAUGAAUGAAAUCUAAGUUGAGAAAACAACAGCUUUGUGCAUCACAUUUGGAAGGGCAAAUUGUGUUCUAAAUUAAACUGGAGAUUCAACUAGAUUUUCCUCAAAGAGCUGACUACAGGUUACUUGAUUCUCUAGAAGUUGUAAGGCCAACUCCAAAAAUCUGGUGUCAAGUAACAUUCAUGGUGGCAUCUUUUUGCCAAUUCAAUGAAUCUGCUAUUAAUUUCAUUAUGUAACUUCAAGGCAGCGUAAAGGCUGAUCAGAAACACAAAAUGGAACUUCAAGUCUUUCACCAUGGUCUCAAAAAUGUUCCAUUUUGUGGGAAGAGGGAGAAAACCAACCAGAUCUUUGAUUUUGCUCUUUCCUGCCUGCUAAAAAAGAAUUACAAAAAAAAAGAAAAAGGAAAAAAAGAAAAAGAAAAAAAAAAAGAAAGUUCAAUCAAGUGAAAAUUGGUCACAGAGAGAAAAUUUAGCUACACACCUUACUUUAUAGGUGGGGAAGACCAGGUCAUAGGAAGACUGAAAGUUACAGACAGCAAUAUGGGUGAGAACAAAAUCUAAGCAAUUUUCAAAAUUAAAACUACAACAUGUACCACUGAAAAUACAUUGUGAGAAGUAGCCUAAAUCUAUUUACAGGUUUCCAGUUUUCCAACAAACAGAACAUUUAAGGCUUAUUUUCCAACAGAGUUACAGUGGGAUUGUAUCAGAUUCAGGUUAUUACCAUUUGUCACAGUGCCAGGGUAAGCAAUACCCACCUCUGAUUCAGCAGCAAAAGAGGGAACUGUGAUUCAUUUUGUGUUUGACUGGGACUUUUUAAUUGGAUAAAAUACAAAUAUUUGA